AUGUGGUCAUUCUUGCAGGAGACUUCCGCCACGGGAUUGUUUUACAACUCCCUCUUAUUGCUUCAGAGCUUCCUUGGUCCCAAAGGCUGCACUCAUUCGCCUGAGGAUCGCUCAUGUUGGAAAGAUGGUUUCAACAUUAAUACUGAUUAUGAGUAUGAAAUUCCCACGGGAAAGCUUGUCGAGUAUGACUUUACCAUCUCCGAACAUACGAUUGCGCCUGAUGGAUAUUUGACCAAUGUUACCAUUAUCAAUGGACAAUUCCCUGGUCCUACUAUCGAGGCUAAUUGGGGUGAUACUAUUCGUGUCACUGUACACAAUAACUUGACCAACCUGAACGGUACUUCUUUCCACUGGCAUGGAAUUCGUCAGUUCCAGACCAACUUCCUCGAUGGUGUUCCCGGUGUUACUCAGUGCCCUGCAAAGCCUGGUGACUCUCAAGUGUACGAAUUCAGAGCCAUGCAAUACGGAACUGGAUGGUACCACUCUCACUACUCCCUUCAAUAUACCAACGGUGCCUACGGCCCCGUGAUCAUCCACGGUCCCACCAGCGCGAAUUACGACCACGAUCUCGAGCCCCUGCUCGUAAGUGACUGGUACCACGCCGACGCUUUCAGCAUGUUCCACGAAGAAAUUACAGACCAUGCUCAUAUCCCUACCGGAACUUUAAUGAACGGUAAAGGUGUCUUUGACUGUGAUCCUAAAGAGGACGGUCGUUGCACAGGCAAAGAAGAGCGCCAUGAAAUUUUCUUUGAGCCUGGCAAGAAACAUAAGCUUCGUCUUGUCAAUAGCGGUAGUCUUGCCACCUACAAAUUUUGGAUGGAUGGACACAACUUCACGGUUGUGGCUAAUGACUUUGUCCCUAUUGAGCCAUAUGUUACUGAUGUUUUGAUUCUUGGAAUUGCCCAACGAUACGAUGUCAUCAUCGAAGCCAACGCAACCCUCGAACACGGCUCAAACUUCUGGAUGCACGCAACCCACUGCGACGACGAAAUGCCCGUCCCCUGGGAUACCCGCAUCGGCAUAAUCCGUUAUGAUGCCAACGAUCAUUCCGACCCCUACACCCCUCCUCCCAGCACCCAUCACCCCGGCUACGGCUGCCGUGACCCAGACCCCUCCAACCUUCGCCCCAUCGUCAAACGCCAAGUCGGCAAAGAAGUAAACGACAUGUCUCCUUCCGAAUACCUCAAAAUUGGUCUUCAGAGCUGGCCCAACAUCUCCGACCCAGACUCCGUGAUCCGUAAAUGGGUCCUCGCCAACCGCUCACAAUACGUCGACUGGCGCGACCCUUCCCUCAUGCAAGUCGUAUCCCACGACAAAGUCAACCUAACCGAAGAAGCAGCACCCAUAUACCUCGACUACGAGACUGGGGAAUGGGUCUACUUCGUAAUCGAAGGAAACUUCACCAUGGACCCAAACAUCAACAAUCCUCCUCGCCCCAUCCCGCGCUCCGUUCACCCAAUUCACUUACACGGCCACGACUUUGUGAUUCUAGCCCAGGGCGACGGCGAAUUCACCUCCGACGUCGUUCCCAACCUCAACAACCCUGCGCGCAGAGAUACAGUAAACUGCCCAAUUGGCGGCUACGUCUGGAUUGCGUUCCAAAUCAAUAACCCAGGGGCAUGGCUGAUGCAUUGCCAUAUCGCAUGGCAUGCUAGUGCCGGUUUAUCGUUGCAAUUUAUCGAGCAGCCUAAUAAAAUAAAACAGAUGGUUCAUGCUUCGGGGAUUUUGCCUUCACAUGAGGAGCAGUGUGCUAGGUGGACGGAUCAUUAUAAUAAUGUUAAUGUUCCGCAGGGUGUUACGCAGGAGGACUCUGGUAUUUAG